GAAGCUUCAUGGAGCUCGUUGAGACCUGAAACCAGACGCAGGCUUGUGACAGUAAAGCUGAUCGUAGUGUUUCUGGGUGCGUUUGUGAGCAGGAUGAGUGGAGGCGUCCAGCAGUCCCUGGUUUUCCUCCGACUUCCAGAUUUGAAGAAGCUGGUCUGUGUCACUCUGAGUCUUCAGGAGGAGGACGAGGAUGCGCGGAGCAAACAGAUCCAGACCUGCAGGGAGCUGCUGCUGCUGUUCUCUGAGCUUCUGGCCUCUCCGGCUCUGGACUCCUUCACCGACAUCACAGUGGUCAUGGCCAUUCCUUUCUUCCAGAGAGGAAUCCUCCAGGCGUUCGGACGGAGACGUGGCCUGCAGCUGGGCUGUCCUCAGCCGGCGUUUCCAGGAGACCUCCAGCGCUGUGUGUCCUACUCUCUGAUCACCAGACUGGCUCCCGGCUGGAACAAGGCCGGACGCUACCUGAUCUCAGGAAAAGACUUCCUGACUGAAGGAGGGAGGCUCAACGCUGUCAGCCUGGAGCUGAGCACCAGGGAGGGCCAGCUGUGCAUCAGUGUUGAGGCCAGCGCUGUCCGACUGCCGCCGCCCAAACUGGAGGACUUCGAUCUCCCUCCGCUGGUCCUGAGGAGGUUCUGCAGUGACCCAGGCUCCGUGCUCGACCCGACGUCCACCGGAGGAGCCCUGUGGUGUCACGUCCUGCCCAGCAUGAAGAAGGGUCAGAUCGUCAGCAUCAGCCGCCAGCUGCCCAGAGACGGACCGUUCAGAACCUACAGGGAGCUGCAGAACCACUGGAGCCGCCUGUACGGCUACAGACUCCCCGAGCUGCCGGAGCAGGAGGAGGUUUACUGCAGCGUCUACUUCAGGCCGCUGGGACGGAAACUCUUCACAUACCCUCUGAGCUGCAUCCGCCUGCAGCCGGCGCAGCGCUGCCCUCGGGUCGACCUGCAGGGGGCGCUGGGCUCCUUCCUGGCCGACGUCGGCGCUCGACUGCAGACGGUUUGCGGCUUCCCUGCGCGACUGAGCAGCAAACCCUGUUACCACACCGUCAGCCUGAGCGCCGCCGCGUCCGUGCAGGUGUUGGAUGGUGAGCACAUCAACCUCACCACCUCCGUCUCCAUCAGGCCGGUGCUUGCCCAGCUCCCUGCGCCUCCUCCUGCCCAGCCACGGAGGCCCUCCUGUGGGCCGCAGCCGCCGGCCUGGGCCCCCCUCUCCCAGCAGGGCGGAGCUCCGGGUCAUGGCUGUGGAUGCCAGAGCAGAGUGAGUCGGGGCUGGGGAGGCGACGGAGGGUCUGUCCUGCCGCUCCUCCGGCCAGCGUCAUCCCUCACCUCCUCCUCGGUUCUCCCACCUCCUCCCCCGGUGCAGCCUCCUCCUAAACUGGUGCCCGUCUUCAAGAACAAGCAUCCGUCGCAUCACGUCAACGUCGCCCUGCUGCGGCUGCAGGAGCAGAGCGAGCAGCUGGGCCGAGCUGCAGCGAGGGUCACGCUACCCGCCUUCAGGAAGACAACUCCGGCCGCCGCUCCUCCUCUUCCUCCUCCUCCUCUUCCUCCACGGGCAGCUUCAUCCCUCCCAGUUCGUCCUCCGCCAACCGUCCCCAACUUCAGCCGUCGCCCCAAAGUCACGCACAUCUCCAGCCUCAGUCCUGCUUUGAAGCCCAAACUGGGCCUGAUCAUCGUUCCAAAGCCGGAGAUCAAGAUCAGAUCCAAGUCCAGCUCCAAACCCACGACGCAGGUUGGCUCAGAAGGAGAAACUGUUGCUGGUAAAAUGCAGGAAUGUCCAACAGAACAACAACAACCGGCGGCUCCACCUGCACCAUCCGCUGACGUCUCCAAAAAGCUGUCCAGGCUGAGCUCUGCCACGCUGCUGGUCUGGCUGAAGGCGAGAGGAGCUUCUGUUGGUGGCAAACACAGGAAGGAGGAUCUGAUGCUGAAGGUCAUGGGCUGCCUGGCUGAGGGCUAG